ACAGUAAAUACCGAUAGUAUGGUAGCCCUGACUUUAGCUUAGCACCGUUAUGUUUUAGAGCUUUCCAGAAUGACUGAAAUAAAUGCUCUCAGCUGCGUGGCUCAGGACGAUGUAGUUUCCCUGCGCAUUGUCUGCACCAUGGCUCGUGACAAGCACAACAGCCUGGAGCAAUUGGACUGCUACGGAAACACCGCCUUAUUGAAGGCCUGCUACCUUGGCCGAUUCGAGUGCGCCCGCACACUUUUGGAGUUUGGCGGAAAUAUAUUCGCCGUCAAUUACUUUGGCCAAAACGCCCUGACCCUGGCAACAUAUGCUGGCCACUUGUCGUUGGUUCAGGAGCUGUUGCGCCGAAGAUCUUACAAGGACUUCAAUCUGUCCUCUUUGAUUCCGGCUAUCUGCGUGGCCACCGUGCAAAAACAUGCUGAUCUGGAGCAGUUCUUUGUCCAAUUAGAUCCGAACGGAGUGCAGGAAACUCAAACAGUUCAUGGACUUGGAGUUAAGGAAUUACGAGGCAUGGCUGUUCAAACAGAUCGUUUGGAACCGGUAUCACCACCCACAUUUAUUUGUCAUCGUUUUCGCUGAAGAGUUUAGCCUUGAGCAUGUUAAAAUUUUUAAACUUUCUAUUUUAUUAUAUGAAGAAUUGCAUAUUACCUGUAUUUCGAUAUUUUUCGCCCGGUCACAUCUCUAUUUUUGUCUAAAAAACAAUGGCUAUGAAUCGAUAUUAAAAUUUA